GCGAGAACAUCCACCGUCAGUCACACAGCACAGAGGAAGCGUCUCUUUCCAUCCCAACGGACACAAUAAUGGCUGCGACCCAACGUCCCGGCUGUGUUCUGCUCUGCGCUCCGGUCGACAUUAGACGGUCACGGAAGCUUCGGUCGUCGUCCUGAAGCCUCCAUCAGCUCCGCUCCUUCCCCGGCCCGGCUGCUUACCCACAAUGCACUGUCAGAGGAUUAUGUGUGUCUCAGACAGACCAGUGUAACCAGUGCUGCUGCUGCAGCCUCACCAGCCGGUCCACACCACAACAACACAGCAGGAAGCUCCUGUCCUGGUUGAUCUCGUUCAUUGUCUAACUGAAAUCAUGUCUGGCCCAGGAGACCUACCAGCCAUCGAGGGUUCUGGGAUGGGCGGGAUGAAGCUUCCCAUCGGGAUGACCCGACGGGCCCUCAGCUAUGACGACAACCUGGAGGCCCCCAUGUCCACGCCCCCUCAUGACAUCAGCAUCAACAACCUGUGGAGACGACCAAUCAUACCGGACAGGAAGUUCACUCAUCUGGCUGAGGAGGAUGAGAGCGGUGCAGUGAGUCAGCCCACGGUGGCCGGCAGCGCCCCCUCCAGGUCACCAACGGUAGUGAAAGCGAAGGCCUCGUCUGUCAUCAUGAAUUCUCUCAUCACCAAGCAGACUCAGGACAGUGUGUACAAGUUCGAGCAGAGGGCGGGGCUUUCUGACGCCAGCUACACGCCACACAAAGGCCUCACGGCGGAGGAGACGAGACACCACCACCGCCUCCCUGAAGCCCGCCAUAAGCUGCAGAUUCAAAGUCUGGAGUCCAAAGAAGAGCGGCUGAACUCCUCCACCCAGUCCACUCCAUCCAGCACCCCACACAGCUCCCCCAAACAACAGCGCAGGACCUGGUUCAGCAGCACCGGUUCAGAGGUCAGCAUCAGCUCCUCCAACAGCAGCGUGGACAUGGCGGACUCUGCAGCCGGAGCCGUCGAGCGCUGGAGCGUGUUCGGGCCGCGGCCAGUCGUCCAGAAGUCGACCUCUGACCUGGGAUCAGACACUUCCACCGCCGCAGGCUUUGCGCUGCAGGCGUACCGCGGCGCCCAGAAGCCGACCCCCAUGGAGGUGAUGAAGUCCCAGGCGACGCGGCUGGCCGACACCUCCGCAGCUCAGGCGGUGGCCCCGCCAAAGAUGGAGAUCCCCACGGUGGAGGGUCGCCGCCAGGCAGCGCGACCACACAAGCUCAAACCCAGAGACAUGAACAUCCUGACGCCCUCCGGCUUCUGAGAGGAGACUCGACAUCGAAGCUGCACGAACGCUGAAGGUUCCCGUGAAAUGAAAACGUCUCUCACAUCACCUACUGCUUCUUCUCACAUGAGUUUCAUUCAUCUCUGUGUCAAAACCCUGUGAUCUGUCAGCAUCUUGCACCCAGAAUCACAUUUCCAUCCAAUAAUGUGAUCAGAAAUUUGAGGGUGAGCCAGCUGACAGGUUUGGAUUCAGGUGUAACAUCAUAGAUAUUAUUCACUCAUUAACAAAAAGUUUCUGACCUUCACAGUGCCGAUCAUGACAUUUCUCUCAGUCCUGUCAGUUUUGGAGGAGAGCAGCUAUCACUGUCCAUUUUUAUUCAGAACAGAAAAAGAAAAAAACAGAUUCAACCAUCGUCAUCAAGUCAUUUCAUGGGACCUUUAACAGCAGACAGAUAACCACCGUUCUGUCCUGCAUCUUCACAUUUAAAACAUUCUGGAUAAAAGAACAAUGAAGACACUUCCCGUCUGUGUUGCUUGGCUGUAAACCUUCACACUUUGGACCACUGCACCCAGCUGCAGCGUGCCGACUCCAACAUGGACUCAACACAUUCAGCAUGAAUCCACCACUGACCGAUCUGCAGACCUGUGUUCAUCUGAAGGUGAAGAAGACGAUGAUUCUGGUUUAAAACGAUCCCGUGUGAAUGCACUUUAUCCCCCCGCAGACGAGCUCGAUGAUCCAUCUGUCAUUUUUCUUAAAGUGGGAUUUCACUGAGCAGAGAGGGAACAAGAAGUCUAACUAAUUCAUGAAGUGUAGAUCGAUCCGAAUCAAAAGCAGCAGAACAAAAAGAGAAAUCCGUAAUAAAUUGUACUAAUUUUGUCUCAGGAAAUUGUAGAAAUUGGUCGGGCUCCUGCUCACUGAAACGUUCACGCGUUUGUUUUGUGUCACGCGUUUCUUUUAAUAUGUUUUAAUGUAUGUUGAGACUUUGUCAUCUGCUCCUGUAGCAGCAGAGUGGAUUCCUUUGGGAUCAGAAGAAAAGAAACGCCCACCUGGUGUGUUUGCGUUUGUGGAGAUCAGAGCUACAUGUGAGCAGGACUCACACACUGACAUGCAGAAGAUGAGUGUGUGAGCUCUGCCAGCGUGUCCAGACAUGAAGGAUCCUGUCUGUGUUUUCUGUUCUGGUGCUUCACUGUUGACUGAACAGACGGCUGCUGAGCACAGCGGCCGGCCACAUCCUGCAGAAACCUUGUGUCAGAAAACCAGAAAGAGCUUUUCAAAGACACACUUUUGCUUUCGACAUUUAAAGACGAAUGCAGUCGUCACAGUGAAAGGAAUCAAGUUGCCUUACAGUAACAGAAAAUGAAAUUAAAUACAGGUUUCAUUUUAGAAACUGCAACGAGUUUUUAGACAUUCCUGCAACACUAGCUAACAAAUGUCUUUGCAUACAAGUUUCCUGCAAGAUGGUUCAGCUGUUAAAUGAGAUGUAGCACCCGGCACAUUGUUGUUGUUGAUUAUUAUUAUUGUUUUUACUGCACUUUUAUUAUUAAGUGGAAGCUCCCACAGUGUUUACUGGUAAUAGAUUACAUGUGUGACGUGGCGCAGCGGUGCAGUGUGUUUUAAGUCGUCUCCCACCUGUGACUCUGCUGUGGUUUCAGUCAGAUGUUGUCAGAAAACACGCCGCUGUCAGCAGCUGUAAAUAUGAAAUGACUGUUUCUGGUCUGUUGUGUUCCAAGUGUGACACUGUUCCCUUUAAACCUCUGAAGUAUCACAUCUGUAUGUUAGUGUGACUCUGUCGUCUGAAUGAUUUAUGUUUCUUUUUCCAGUUGAUGUUCAGAGACACUCUCCUCGAUUUAUACGAAGUCUGUGUGGUUUAUUAAGACGGAGAAUAAAUAUUACAUUCUCAUUAGAAAAACAAGA